GAAGAGACUCACAGGCUCGGUGUUUUAGUUUAGAGCUGAGAGUCACGCAGGUGAGCGACUGCAAUUCCUGACGGACAGAUCCUCUAUUUUCCAUUAUUAUAAGCUCUUUAAAGACCUGCACCAGCAGCUGAACUCCUCUAAUGCGCAAUGCCAAAAAGUGACACCUGGCCCGGGGGCGUCUCCAUUGACUCUGUGUCUGUGAUGGACAGUGCAGGAAGCUGUGAUAGUGUGCUCAGCAGCAACUCUGGAUUUAGUGAUGACAGUUACCUUUCUGCUGAGGAGAGAGCCUGUCUCAUGUUCCUGGAGGAGACCAUUGAGUCUCUGGAGGUAGAAGAUGACAGCGGUUUGUCUGACGACGAGUCUGAUUGCCCAAUUAAUGGCCUGAAAGAAAACACUGCUCAGCGAACAUCCAUGCACAAGAACAGAUCUGAGGAGCUAUCAGCCCAUGAGGAUCCAAACAAAGUGACUGGAAAAGACCGUAAACCUUCUCAGAAGUACCUUGUGCCACCUCCAUUACUCCUUGCCAGUGGGAAUGCCAAGAUAGUCAACAAACCAAUGGAAACAUCGCCCAAGGAAACACCUGUGGCUUUUAUUGAUGUACCUGAUGGGUUUAGAUCAAGCCCUGACCUUCACCAACCAAGACGGACCGUUCCAGAAGAAGCUACUUCAAAAGUAGCAUCUUCCAAAAAAAGCACUGGACAAUCAGUUGAUGUGGUGGACUUGCCACCCUCAUUCACACCCGAACCUCCAGUUCAAACAAGUUUACAAAGCGACUCGAAAGCCAAAGAUGGUGCACCUAAGAGUUUGGAGGUCAAGUCUCAGUCGAAGCAGGAGAAGGUUUCCUCAGAGGUGCCGCUUGAAUUCAUUCCUCCACCCUCAGACUUCAUGGAUGAACCAGUGGAGAAAAUAAGCCUUGCUUAUUCGCCACCGCCUCCUGUUUACAACAAGCCACCGGAAAGGGUUCCCGAACUCCCCAAAAUGGAGUCUGGUGGAUCCAUCAAGCCAACAAAGGUGACCAAAUCAGAUCCAGAAUGCACAUCAAGUGGACCGUUAUCCCACAAUGUGAUUGGAAACCCAUGCAACAAGGCCUCCUUGAAGAAAGCUCCUCACUUGACACCAUUGAUGGUUGUGCAACAGUCUGCGACGGACAAACCCCUGAUGCCUUUGCCAUCUUCAGAACACAGUUCUGCUACACUGAAAGAGUCCAGCGAUCCCAAAAGCCCACCGGCUGUGGCACCCAAACCCAAGAAGCUCCCAUCGAAUAUCGUCUUCAAAAGCCACAAGGACCCGGGAAACACACAUUCGUUACUUUCUCAAACCGAACGAACUCAGAUGGAUCCAAAGAAAAUCCGAAUGGAGGCGUUGAAAAAAUUAGGCCUGCUGAAGAACGAAGAGAUAGAAACGGGCCACGGCGUGUCUCCUUCUCAUUCACCAACAUUCAAAGCUAAAACUCGUCCUCAGUUUUGUAACCCAACAGAUCCCAUUCGGGAACCAUCCAGACUUCCCAAAAGCCCCAUACCAGAUGACGUGCAUCUGGGAGACACACUAAAGUACCAAGAUAAGAAAAGCAGGGAAGUUUCACUAAAAAACCAAGCGACAAGAUCCUACGAGAUCAAAACGGCGUCCCUGGAGCGCACGAGAUCUCGAAUGGCUGCUAACCCUGUGCCAAAGACGACAAACCCUCAAAGGACCCAAGUUGAGUUGUCUCCAGGUCAAUUACGAAAGAGCAGAGCUCGACCUUUUUCUGCAGGGAGCGCCAAGGACUUUGGCAUCGCCCAUCAAGUUGAAGACUCAACCAAAUCGCUCAAAGCGGCUGCAGCUCAUCCAGGAAACGACGGGCAAAAGUUGCAUCGCUCCGGAAUAAGUGUGAUGAUCUCUCCACAAGGUACAAAUGGAGAGAACCGAAGGGAAGCCUUGAAGAAACUGGGAUUACUGAGGGACUAAUGGAUGGUACUACUGGCCUUUCGAUGUAUUCUGGGACAUUAACAUUGAAAGGACAAAUGCUGAUGAUAUGGACUUUGACAAUGUUUGUGAUGCUUUUUCAUCGAUUUCGGCUUGAUCAUCGAUUUGCAUCUUUAGGUACCUGCUUAAGUAACUGACACUUAAGUAACGUGAUAUAUGCACUUAUAGUAAGGCUACGUCCACAUGAAUCCAGAUCAUUUUGAAAACAGCAUUUUCUGCUCUUUUAUCGUCAUAAAAA